UCGCUACAACCAAUUCCCACCUUCCGCCAUCGUCGUUCUUCUCACUCAAACUGAAAAAGAAGAACACACACACUAAUCUUUCUUCUCUAGACUCCCAAUCCCCUUGACCUUGACUUGAUCAACCUGAGUCAACACCCAAACAACAAUAUCACUUAGACUUUCUCGUCUUGAGCCGCUUCCGCCGCCGCCACCUUUCGCCAAUUCAAUAGCCAUCCCCAAGGUAUACACCUUUAGUGUAAACAUAGCUUCUCAUGGCGUCACGCGGUGAGGGCGACGCAGACCCUGAGACUCUCGGUAGUUGUGAUGUCCACCUUGACAUUGUCCCCCGCCUCGGUCGACUCAAGGCUCUCCGAACCAAAGACGAGGUUCGCGCUUCCCUCGAGACCUUCCAGGCAUAUGUUGUCGAACUGCCUGCGCGCCAUGCCGCUGCCAUCAAGGAGUGAGCAUCUCAUCGUUGAUCAACCCUUUCUCUUUCGUUGUGCUAAACUUUUCAAUAGCGUGAUUUCAAAGGCAAUCCCAGAUCUCAAGACGAAUGACUUCCAGCAUCUUCGUCGUGUAGUACAGUUCAAGUUCUUGCCGCCUCAUUUACAGAAGACUUUUAGGUCUUCCAAAGGUGGUGUCGUUCUGACCGAAGAUCCCUCUGAAGAAGAUGUAGCUGAACAAGAUGAUACAGUGCGGUACUUCCUCGUUUCGCCUUCAAAGGCCAUUCAACAUGCAGCCCUUGUUGAUGCGUUUCGACAGAACCCGCCCUGGUGCGAGUCGAAAGCUUCCCCCCGCAUCUUCUAUGUGACUGUACCCACCUUUUCCCCAACUUCCUCUGAACAGGCCGCCCAGUGGAGUGUCGAAUACUGGCCCAUCACCUACAAGAAUACGAACCCUUACGGCCCACAUCCCAGCCUGGUCGCCCGGAACGUCGCCGAAAUCGAAAAGGACGCCGGCAAGUGGCUUGCCCUGGCCGAGAAAGCUGCCGAACAGGUCUACUCCCAGAAUCUCGGUGAACGUGUUGGCUGCGUCAUCGUCGAUAAUAGCAAAGGCCGCCCGGAGAUCGUUGCUGUCGCUGCCGAUUCUCGCUGGCGAAACCCGACCGGUGAGCCGGAAACCAAGAACGACGGUCCAGGAAAUGUUAUGGCUCACGCUGUCGAACGUGCUAUCGCCAUGGUAGGCAAGAAGCGACUGCGCGCUGUAGGCAAGGAUCCCGACACGCUUGAUCGAAAGCUCUUCUGCGACUCGCCCCUCACCGAUAUGGAGCGUCGCUACUAUGAACUCGACAACUUGCCUUCCAACGGUUACCUUUGCGUCGAGUUGGAUAUUUACGUCACCCACGAGCCUUGCGUCAUGUGCUCCAUGGCAAUCUUGCAUUCACGCUUCAAGAGGUGCAUCUUUGGCCGCCGCAUGCCGUACACUGGUGGAUUGACGGCAGACAAUGCUGAAGGAAAGAUGGAAGAGAAGCCCAAACUGGGUGAUGGUCUCGGACAUGGUAUCUUCUGGCGCCCAUCGGAGCUCAACUGGAAGCUGCUGGCUUGGGAGUUCACGAAUGAAGAGGACAAGGAGAACGGAAAGAUUUCGGACCACACCCCCAAUACCCUGCAGGCAUAAAGUCCCGACACGGACCCACGAACAUCAACCGGGUUGGUAAUGGCGAAUGGCGAAUGCAAUUGGCAAAAAGGGAAAAGGGAAAAGGCGACUGGCGAAUGCAUAAGUAUAUUUAGACAUUGUAUUUGUAUUGGAUUUUGGAAAUAGGGAUAACGCCAGGAAACGCCAGUGAAUACGCCAGAGAAUACCCCAAUAGUUACUAGGAAAGGAAAAUAAAUUCAAACGAGCCUCACCUACCUCGUA